GUAAAUUUAAAUUAUUUUAUUUGUUUUGUUUUUUGAUAAGUAACAAAGAAACAAAAUACAACUUAAGAAACAUCCUCACCUUUGUUCUUCAUUAAACUUCAUUAUCUAUCAGACUUUUGAUGUAUAAUUAGCGUUCACCUGUAAACCUUCUGUUGAUAUAUUUUUAAAUAACUCAAAAAUAACAAUCAUUCUCCCCACCAAUAUCAGAUUGUCCUUCGAACCGUGGUCAGCAAAACAUACUGGAUUUUAAUUUUCUAUGAACUAAGUUAUGGUGCAAAAGAUUGAUGUAAACAAACACUCCUGUGUUUUUGUCGAAAUUUAAUUCUUUCACUGCUUCGUAAUCAACACUACUUGCCUUAUUUCCUGCAACAGGAAAAUAGAAGACAAAUCUAGCUUUCAUGUGUCAUUGUUUACAAAAAUUCAAUUUCAUCUGAACGUUUCUUUUGACAUGUGUUUUAUCUUUUCAGGAUGUACGUUUGUUCAUAAUAAUUUAACUUUCCAUCCCUACUGAAACUUUUGUUAAAACAAAGUUGUUUGGUCGUUAGUCUGAAAAACAUUUCUUACAGCCUCCAUUACAGACGUUGUCUGUUGAAGCUCGUAUUUAGUUUCUCUCUUAUAACUGAUAUAUUUCAAUAUUCUUGAAAAAAAUUUUUUUUUAUUUUCCCUUAUAGUAAAUAAUGGCAUUUACAGAAAACAUGACACAAAAUGAUAGCGAGAUAUAUCCUUUACAUACAACACGACCUGCUUUGAUAUUCUUGAUAAUAAUGAUGCCUAUAGGAAUUUUCGGAAACUUGUUUGUUCUGUAUAUUUAUGGAUUUCGCCUUAGGAAAUCACCUCUGAAUAUUUUCAUAUUUUUCCUGGCUAUCUAUGAUAGUUUGAGUUGUUUAUUUGGUAUCCCUCUCGAAUUAACAUCUAUAUUAUAUACCCUCGACUAUCCAAACAAUAUACUUUGUAAGAUGGAUAAAUUUAUGGUAUUUUUUACUUGUACUUCGUCUGAACUAACUCUUUUGAUCAUUUCUCUGGAGCGAUACAACAAAGUUUGCCGGUUCAACAAAUAUCAACUUACAAUACGUCACGCCAAAAUAUCAGCUAUCAUCAUCAAUAUCAUUGCUAUUUUGGUAUCUGUACCACCAAUUUUGUAUUUCGACCGGAUUGACUACCAUGGACUGUCCAUUUGUACGUACAUUGUACCAUAUUCAAAACUGCAACACUACUUUAUUGGAUUACUAAUUUUUAACAUUAUCAUAUUAGUCGUAAUGUCUGUUCUGUAUGUUUUAGUCAGACGCAAGGCUGAACAACGCUUCAGAGAAAAGAGCAUCUCACUACGGAAAAACGAUCAGAAAGAUUUUCGGAGGACAUUUUCUGAAAAGAGGAGAAGAAGUCGACGUGUUAAUUCCAUUAUAGCAAGUAUCACUGUAUUAUUUGUGAUAAGCUUUAUCCCUUGUUUGCUUUUAGGCAUAACAUAUCCUCUUUUGAAAAACAUCAAAUUAUCGGUACCAGUUGAGAGACUCAAGGAAUUCGGCAUAAGAUUGUGGAUCCUAAACAGUUCUUUAAAUCCUGUUGUUUAUGGUAUGUUAAAUGCUCGUUUCCGGAAUGAAUUUUUGAAAAUUUUAAAAGAAUUAUUCAAUAUAAAAAUUUUCAAAACUACUUCCACAACAGAUUCAACCCUGGAAGAUUCUUCGUAAAGAGAAUGCCUCUGCUAUGAUAAGAAAUAUUGGAUGUAAGUCAGUUACGACAGUCUUUCGUCUUUCUUGUGUUAUAUCAACAGCAUCUGACUAAAAUGUUCGUGAACUUUGUCGUAUAUUACUACCAGUACCAAACUGCAAAAAAAAAAAA